AAACAAGGGUGACAGUUCAGACAGAAGGAAACCUUCAAACUUCAGCCUAUAUAAAUAGCAGCUCUUGUAUUCAUCAUCUCCACAACUCAAAAACUUUCUUCAAGUAGUUCAUCCAAUCAUCCUCCUUUUGAUCUCUUUUCCAACUUUUUUUUAGCAAUCAUGGGUGUCUUGAAAUACGAAUCGGAAUACACCUCCACGAUCUCAGCUGCUAGGCUUUUCAAGGCUUUUGUCCUUGAUGGUGACAAUCUCAUCCCAAAGAUUGCACCUCAGGCUAUUAAGCACACUGAAAUCCUUGAAGGAGAUGGUGGGGUUGGAACCGUCAAGAAGAUCCAUUUUGCAGAUGGUGCCAGGUUCAAGUAUGUGAAGCACAAGAUUGAUGCACUUGACAAAGACAACUUCACCUACAGCUACACUGUGAUCGAAGGCGAUGCUUUGAAUGAAAAAAUUGAGAAAAUCUCUUACGAAAGCAAGUUCAUUGCCACCGCCGAUGGAGGUGCAAUCAUUAAGAACACCAGCAAGUAUCACGUCGUCGGCGAGGUGGAGAUCACAGAAGAGCAAGUUAAGGAAGGCAAAGAGAGAGCCUUUGGUCUGUUCAAGCUUCUUGAGAGCUACCUCCACCAGAAUCCUGAUGCCUACAACUAAAGCUGGUGUUUUUUUCUUAUUCAACUAUAUGUUAGUCAAUUGCCUAUGAGUCUCAGCUGAAGGUUUAGGCUUUCAAUUGUUCUAUGUGUAUUUCCUAAAAUGUGCUUGAAGUUGUGAUCAUCGAGUUGCUAUUGUUUUGAUAUUUUGGUGGAAAAGUUUGAACUUUGAAGGGUGAGAAAGUUUGUAUUAUUUCUCUACAAAUGAAAUAAAAAUACUUGGGGGGUCAAAAGUUUUACUGUUGAAUUA